AUGCGAAAAACCCCUAUCAUUUUUGUGAUCGGAUGUACGGGAACGGGAAAAAGUGAUUUGGGUGUGGCUAUCGCCAAAAAGUACGGUGGCGAGGUGAUUAGUGUUGAUUCGAUGCAAUUUUAUAGAGGAUUGGACAUUGCGACGAACAAGAUCACCGAAGCAGAAGCCGAAGGCAUUCCACAUCAUAUGAUGUCGUUUUUGAAUCCAUCCGAUCCAUCAGCCUAUAAUGUACACCAGUUUCGAGAGGCCACGCUGGACUUGAUUCAGAAAAUUCGGUCCCGCUCGAAAGUCCCAAUAAUCGUCGGCGGUACGACCUACUACGCUGAAAGUGUGCUCUACGAGAAUAAUCUAAUCGAAACGACGUCUACAACGAACUCAGAUGACGUCAUCACAAAAUCCCGAACGUCUUCUGAAUCAUCGUCGGUGACUUCUGAAUCAGAUGACAUCACGAAUUUGGCGUUGUGGGAGGAGUUGAAGCGAGUCGAUGAGCAGUCUGCAAAUCUGCUCCAUCCGAAUAAUCGAUCUCGAGUACAGCGUGCACUUCAGAUUUUCAAGGAAACUGGAAUUCCAAAAUCUCAACUCGUCCAACAGCAAAAAUCUGACGACACCGUGGAUUUGGGCGGAAAGUUGAGAUUCGACGAUUCGUUGGUGAUUUAUAUGGACGCGACGCCAGAAGUACUUGAAGAACGUCUCGAUGGGAGAGUUGAUAAAAUGAUUAAAAUGGGAUUGAAAAAGGAAUUGGUCGAAUUCUAUGAUGAGCACAAAAUCCAAAUCCAUCAUUCAAAAUACGGUGUCAUGCAAUGCAUUGGUCUCAAAGAGUUUGUCCCAUGGCUCGCCAUGGAACCAUCAGAAAGGGACACAUCAAAAGGGGACAAACUUUUCAAAAAAGGAUGCGACGAUGUGAAGCUUCACACCAGACAGUACGCACGUCGCCAACGUCGUUGGUAUCGAUCGAGAUUAUUGAUCCGAUCGGAUGGUGAUCGGAAAAUGGCAAGUACCAAAAUGUUGGACACAUCAGAUAAGACGAAAAUUAUCAGCGAUGGAAUGGCGAUUGUGGACCAAUGGAUGGGCGGAGUCGACUUAUUUGAAGAUAUUUCAACUGAAAAUGCCAAGAAUACGGUAAUGAAGGGACGGGACGCGAACGUUUUGUUGAAAUGUGAGCUCUGUGAUAUUUCAAUGACCGGGAAGGAUAAUUGGCAACGACAUAUCGAUGGAAAGAAGCACAAGCGCAAUGUGAAGAAGGCCAAGGAGCAGCAGCCGAAUUUGGGAUAA